AUGUCAGACCCUUGGAACUUACAACUCAUUAAUCAUUCAUCAGUAUUGUAUAACCUUAUAUUUAUGGAUGGGGUAAAUGAGGAUGAGAUCCAUAAGUAUAUCAAUAGAAUGGUUCAAAUUCCGUUUGGUUCUGUGAUUGAUAUUAAUUUGAAUGCUGAAACAGGCAUAAAUUUAAUAAAAGAUAUAAUAAACAAGUACAAUACAAUUAGCAAAUUAAAUUUAUUGAAUAAAUUCAACAAUAGAUUUAACAGAAAUUUAAAAAAUGCAUUCACGCAGCACGGAGAAUACGUUUUUGAAAUAAUACAAUAUGAAUUCCAAAAAAUGUUGUACAAAAUUGACAAACAAAUAUAUAGUUUUGAUUACAAUGAACUGCAGUGA